AUGGCGCGCUACGAGCUUACAGCCCUCUCAUACAUCGCAGCUGUGUUGGUUAUCAUACCAUUGCCUCCGCAGUGGCGGGCGGGGAACAUUUCAAUUUUAUCGAUCAUAGCGUGGUUGUUCAUACUCAACGUUUACCGGGGCAUAAACACGAUAAUUUGGGCAAAUAACAUAAGAAUUGUGGCGCCAGUCUAUUGUGACAUCGGCACCCUGCUGUGGGUUGCUGCUAUAUGGGCGUUACCAGCAAGCGCUGUCUGUCUCACACGAUAUCUUGCGGGUGUGACUUCUCCAACUCAUGCUAUUAUCGCUCUUAAAGAGGAACGAAAACGUUUCUGGUUCGAGAUGACGAUGUGUGUUGUUUUACCCUUCGUUUUUGCUGGUCUUCAUUAUGUUGUGGAGGGUCGUCGAUUCGAUAUUCUGGAGGACCUUGGUUGUCAGCCUCACAUAUACUUCAAUUGGCUAGCAAUCUGGCUCGUAUACGCUCCUUCCGUUGCCCUUUCGUUCAUCUCCGCAGUCUAUGUUUGUAUUGCGAUGUAUCGGUUGGUGCGAUACCGCGCGACAUGUCGCAGGCUGCUCGCUGAUUCACCCUCUGGCCUCACUACUGUUCAAUACCUCCGACUUAUGGCCCUCGGUUUGAUAGAGGUCGUCACCGAUCUCGGUAUGAACCUAUAUGUCCUCAUUAACAAUUUGAAGCUUGUGCAUAUACAACCUUCGGUUAGCUGGGCAUAUGUUCACGCCGAUUAUGGCCAAAUGAGGGGAUUCACCAACGCUAGCAUGACUCCAGAGGUAAAGAUUGUCAAUAUCGUCGCAUCCACUAUUCCCAUCACCUCGGCUUUCGCAUUUUUUUUCCUCUUUGCAUUUGGUCAAGAGGCGACUGCCGAUUACAAAAGACUUUGGGCUUGGGUCAAAUUCCACAUUUUCCGGAUCGACCGUUUCAGCAUGGUCGGGGAGCAUGAACACACAACUCCCCAAAGUUCCGUUGGGUAUGUUGCUUUCUGA